CGCCGGUAUUAUUUCAGCAGUUUUCACCUCAUCGGUCGAGAUUUGCUGAAAAAUAUCUCAAUUAGUGCGAGUGGUUCUUCUUCGCUAUGGCGUUUGCUGCGUUUGUCAAGUUGGCCAUCGUAUGGGCAGUCUUAUGCAUCCAACUGGUUUGGACUCAGUCCCGACACAAUCAAUAUGCGUCGAUUCUUCAAGACACCCGAAACGAACCCACUCCAGAUGGUCACUUUGGAUACCUUUACAAAACAGAAGACGGCAUUGUGAGUUCGGCGAGGGGCGAUCCAAGUGGAGUUAUCCAUGGCACAUUCUCUUACACAGAUCCAACGGGAUUGAGAGUGAACUACAAUUACAAUGCUGGAUCCAGGUUUACUCCAGGAUUAAACUACCACAAACCAGCUGCCGCUCCGGCUAGAGCUGGUGUACCAGCGCCUAAAGCGAGAUAUCAGGAACCAGAUUAUGAAGACGAUGGACAGUACAGGGAACAACCUGAAGAACAGUAUGUGGAACCGGCUCCACAAUACAGACCCAGAGGUCGAACCACUUACAGGGAACCAGUAGAUGUUUACCAAGAAAGGCGCAGCAGGCCUCCACCAGGAGGAAAUGACCUUUACGAAGACUAUAGAGCAUAAAAUUUGAAACACUAAAAACUGUAUUUGCCAAUAAUUUAAGUCAACUUAUUUAAAUAAUAAUGUUAUUAUUUUUGAUAACGUGAUGAAGUAAGAUAAGAAAAUGUAUAUAAUAAAUAAGUAUUUAUGAUCCUUCAGUGAACUUUAGUAUAUCAGUUCGUAUGUUACCUUUUGAACUACAAAAGUUGUUUAAAGCAAAAAGU